UAUCAAAAUAAGCCUAAUCUCAAACUGAAAAUUUUGCGCGAAAUUGACCAUUGCAUUCAGAGGAAUUAUCAUUAAAACUGGAGAAAAUUUGAAAAUGACAGAUCGAUGCUUUCGAUUAAUUAAGGGUUGCACCAAAUUUUCAGCUAGAAGUAUGUUACAGUCUGGACAAAAACAAAGAAAUUUGACGAAAGGAACCCUGGCGUAGCCAUAGCAAUCGAUUGUCUUCAAUUUUUGGCAACAAACAAAAGAAUCCUCUGGAACCCAUCUCACGAACUCGUUGGAACCAGGAUAUGUGUGGAAGGAAAUAUUGCAAGUGGUAAAACUACUAUGCUUAAUCACUUUCGGGAAAGCUUUUCCGACAUAGAGGUCUGUGAAGAACCAGUGAAACUAUGGCGAAAUAUUGGUGGCAAUAAUUUAUUUGAAAUGAUGUAUAAAGACCCGAAAAGAUGGAGCUACACGUUUCAAACAUAUACAUUACUAACAAUGAUGAAAACCCACAACGACGAACAGACUAAAGAACACAGGUUGAUAGAACGGUCUGCUUACAGUGCAGUUUACUGUUUUGUAGAAAACCUGUACUUGAGUGGAAAUAUAUCAAAAGUUGAGUAUACAAUACAUCACGAAUGGUUUGAUUGGUUGAAGAGAGUGCAAACACCGAAAAUUGAUCUUCUCGUUUACAUAAGAACACCUCCAGGAGAGUGUUUGGCAAGACUACAAGCUCGAGGCAGGAAAGAAGAGGAAGGAGUACCUCUGAAAUUAUUGCAAGACUUGCAUGAGCGAUACGAAGACUGGCUCGUCAAAAGAACCAAAUUCGAAACGCCAGCACCCGUUAUUGUCAUAGAUGGGGAGAAGUCUAUUGAUGAGAUGGUCAGCCAUUACCAUGAUUCUAUCGGACUGUUAUUUGAUUCUCACUCGAACCUCUCAUCAAAAACUCUGUUCAGUUAGCGUUAAAUACUUUAGAAUUGUAGCGUCUUCAUAAGACAAUAAUCUUCAUUCGUACUAGCUUUUCGAGCUCACUAGAUGGCUGCGUGGUGCAAAAUCGUCGUUGUAGUGCAAGUCUAAUUUUCAGUCUACGAACUCGUUGCUUUAAGGAUGUGAUGUUGUUGCAGGCACGACUCUGGACACUCUCCAACCCUACAAAGUUAAAUCUAGCUCCGUGUCAACUCUUGUAAAAUUUGUCAUAGAAACAGAAAUAGUAUAGAAACAAACACUUGCCAUCUAUAAACAAUAUGCAAGAAAAUUGGUUUCAGAAUAGUCUAUUAUCUACUCUGCUAUUAGUGCUUAGUUUUAUUAUGAGAGAUUAAAUCUCGGGCAUAUUAUUUCUCCUUGGAAAUUAAAAAAGAAAAAAGGGGGAUAUUUAGAAGCACCAUGAUGUCGAAACCCGAUGAUGUGAUCGUUUCAGUAACGCAGGUAUCGAGGCUUUUUCGAAAUGAAACAGUUUAUCCCGUAAUUGGCAGUUCAAAGCCACAGGGAAUGAACGACUGAAGAUCUCCUCAACUUGGCGAAAUGCAUUUAUUUUAUUUGAAACAUGCUUUUUCUGAAUAAAAGGUAGAAUGUCGGCUUGUACCUGUUUUUAUUAAAACAUAAUGAAUUUCCCUCCUCUUUUUUUAAUACAAUGUGGACCUUUCCUUCGAAUUACGUGGGCUAAACUGUAAAUGGCUUUUAAUCUCAUUAAUCUUAACCUUUACUGCUAUUGUAAUCAAGCCUUUACAUUGAAAAUGGAACACCUUCAAAGCCCUUUCUUCUCCCACUGCUUUAAUUUUUUUGAGUUCUUGUUGAAAUGUUUUAUACUUAUGGCGUAGAACGAUAAGGCAAGACCAACGGCAAUGGGCUGCAGUCCAAGUAGAGGAUAAAAAGAAAGUAUUUUGAUAUGAAAUAAUGACUCAUUAAACCAAUCGAUUUAUUUAAUAUAAAAAUACCUCAAAUUAACUUAUUGUACAAAAAUAGAUAGAAAAGUUUUUCAGGAUCGCAAUUUACUAUCUGGUCCUGGCCUCUCGUUAUUGUCGUCAGUUGAUAAAUACACAGCCAAAAUUGUUCAUUAAAUGGACAAAAUCAGACUUUAUUAGCUCCUUCGUCGUACUCAGCGGCUUUGUUCUCGCGAGCUUGCUUCAUUCGUGGCGGUGCCAUUGAAGGGGGCCGUAAUCGUUUUAUGGACUUUCCGCCUUCCUUCUUCACUGCAACUUUAUUACACUGCUGCCAUUUCUCAUUUGCAAUUGCAGCUCGGAGGUAAAUCAGACUUGUUGCUAGGAGACAGAGCGCACCAAGCACAGUCGAAAGUAGAAAAACGCAUGGAACACAGCAUCUACAAAGAGUCCAUAAAUUCAAAUCACAAAUUUGUUACAUGAAAACAAAUGAUUGUUCGUGCAUUAAUAUUUUCACAGGAAAAGGGCGAGAUGUUUUUAUGGCAAGAUGAAAAAUCAACUUUUCGUGUUCUGAGUAUGCUGACUACCCAAUCUUUAAACAAUCUUUUGGUGGUACAAAACUUGUAAAUAGCUUUGAAAAAAGCAAACAUUUAGUAAACUAAAGCUUUUCGUCUGACACUCUUCAGAGUUUAAAACGUCAGAACAUAGAUCGAAAACUCUACGCUAAGAAAUAUAUAUACCCAGUUGUGGAUCGAAAUAGGCCAAUCAGAAACACGAGCACAUGACUGUAAAGGUUGACCAAUCAGUGCCGCUUGCCUAUUAGAAUGUUAACAAUGGAGUCCUAAGGUGAAAACGAACUCCUUUUGUCUACACAGUAGCGGUUUUUUCGUGCUUAUGUAGAUAGAUUCUAAAACUGCUAGGUGGAACAACGAUCGGGCUUUACCAAUAAUCCGAAACAUGUCGCCAUUAUAGUUUUUUGCACAAACUGGGUUUUCUAGCAAAUGCUGCCCGAUAGCAGAAUCGCAGGUCUUAUUAGUAAUUUUGGAUUUGCAAGACCAAGGUGGCUGUUCUCUUUGGGGAUGUGUUUUGUUUCUAAUAUUAGAUGGAACGUGUUGUUUUAUCCUAUCCUCCAAUCUUUGGGUGGUGCGUCCUACGUAGCCAGAAUCACACUGGCACGUGAAUUCAUACACAACAGAACUUUUUUUUGUGGCAGGAACGCAGUCCUUUUGAAUGGACGGAAGGGCCUUUUUUGUACUGUAAACAACACGUGGGUUAACCGCGAAGAAACAAUUUGUUAUGGCCUGUUUUAUUUGGCUUUCAAAACGUAGGGAGCUGUUACCGAUCCAGGGUAGUUUUAGAUAGACCGGGCACUUUUGAGGACCAAAUUUUACGUCAGCUGAGAAAUUUGGUCCUCAAAAGUGCCCGGUCUAUCUAAAACUACCCUGGAUCGGUAACAGCUCCCUACGUUUUGAAAGCCAAAUAAAACAGGCCAUAACAAAUUGUUUCUUCGCGGUUAACCCACGUGUUGUUUACAGUACAAAAAAGGCCCUUCCGUCCAUUCAAAAGGACUGCGUUCCUGCCACAAAAAAAAGUUCUGUUGUUUAUGAAUUCACGUGCCAGUGUGAUUCUGGCUACGUAGGACGCACCACCCAAAGAUUGGAGGAUAGGAUAAAACAACACGUUCCAUCUAAUAUUAGAAACAAAACACAUCCCCAAAGAGAACAGCCACCUCGGUCUUGCAAAUCCAAAAUUACUAAUAAAACCUGCGAUUCUGCUAUCGGGCAGCAUUUGCUAGAAAACCCAGAUUGUGCAAAAAACUAUAAUGGCGACAUGUUUCGGAUUAUUGGUAAAGCCCGAUCGUCGUUCCACCUAGCAGUUUUAGAAUCUAUCUACAUAAGCACGAAAAAACCGCUACUGUGUAGACAAAAGGAGUUCGUUUUCACCUUAGGACUCCAUUGGUAACAUUCUAAUAGGCAAGCGGCACUGAUUGGUCAACCUUUACAGUCAUGUGCUCGUGUUUCUGAUUGGCCUAUUUCGAUCCACAACUGGGUAUAUAUAUUUCUUAGCGUAGAGUUUUCGAUCUAUGUUCUGACGUUUUAAACUCUGAAGAGUGUCAGACGAAAAGCUUUAGUUUACUAAAUGUUUGCUUUUUUCAAAGCUAUUUACCCAAUCUUUCGUAUUCAAGACUUUUGCCUUAAAGAUCUUCAAAGAAUAUAAUUUCUUAUAGUUAUUUUGAUCAACCUUAAGAACAAUGAAAUUUUUGACAUCAAUUGAAUUAGUUUAUGAUUAAUUAUAUCACGCCACAUUUUUGUCUUUAUAACCUCUUGGUGACACAAAAUUUGAAGAUGGCACAAAAUGGUCCUGCUGCAAAUUUAAAAAACCGAAUAUCAUACUGAGGUCUUGACCGUUGCCAAUGAAUCAAAACCAACAAAGAAAUCAAAUACUCACAGUAAAGUCGACUUUCUAAACUAAUAUUUAACUUUAUAAUUGGCCUUCUAUAAUUUACACAACUUUAUUUUCGAAAAAACCUUAGACAAACCAACUUUUAAAAUAAGCAUUGUCAUAAGAAUUUAGCAUAUUUGAUUCAUCCCAGUAACAUAUGUACAUUUGUUUUCAAUUUUGUGGGCCUAAGCUUGGGCCUAACAAUAACAAAUUCCUGUUGUCAGUUUGGUCUCUCACAGCUGGCCUCUGUUUAUUAAGUGACUGUUGAUAGGGACAGAAACAAAGUCAUCAGGACCCCCGCAGAUAAUCAUUUGAGAAACAACACAAAGGUUAAAAACAAAACAAGAUUAUAAAAACAGAGUAAAACCGCAUAUACAAAAAAUGUAGCCCUUUUGACAUCUGGUAUGCCUUUUGUUACUUAAAGCUAAAAAGGAGAAUCUGCAGAGAGCGUUUUUAGGUUGUAAAGUACACACAAGGAAGAGUUUUUGAAGUAAACAUUAACUCACAGGAGAUAGACAAGAAACCUCACAUAAUAAUUCCUGCCAACAGGACCAAGUGCAUUUACCAUUGUAGCAAAUAUACCCUGUCCCCUGCAAUGAAUUAAAAAUCUAAUUUCAACUUACAAAAAACCUUAAAUUAAGUCAUAAAACAGACAAGAAUCUGAUAUAAAAUAAUGAAAUAUUAUGUAGAAACAAAGGAAAACACUAAAUUGUACUUUUCUUGGGGGAUUGAGCAACAAAUUAUACAUAAGACUUUUUUAGUGAAACUUUUGCAAAAAGCAAUCUGCAGUUAGCUCCUGCUGCCUUUGUUUCUAACUCACACAUACCCACU